CCCCGGCCGAGCCGGUUAUUACCGUCGGUAUGCUCAAUACGUGGUUGAGGAACCCUCCGGUUGGAGAACUUUAAAAACAACUCCGGUUCUUCCAGAGCUGAGCCCCGAAUGGCAUUGAUGGGCGUUGGCUGAGGAAUGCAGAUGUAUAAUUACCGAUGCUCCAACCCGGGUGGAGCUCCAGGGGAUCCGGAUGAUCACGCAUGCAGGAAGGCUGCGGAGCUCCGAGGAGCCGAGGACUCCGGUGAUGAGCGACUACCCGGACAGCGUGGCCUUCCUGGGCCAGUGGGGCCGCUUCCAGCAGGUGGUCUUCUUCCUGCUGUGCGCCAGCAUCGUGCCCAACGGAUUCGGUGCCUUCAACCUGGUGUUCCUCACCGACGCGCCCGGGCACCGCUGCUCGGUCCCUGACGUCGGCCUCACGGAGGACUGGCGCGCCGCCAUCAUACCUGUGCAGGUGGUGAAUGGGAACCAGCAGCUGAGCAGAUGCAGCAGGUUCAGGCUGGACGUGGUCAGAAAUCUCUCUGCUCAGGGAUUGGUUCCUGGCCGGGACGUCAACCUCACGGACCUGGAGCAGGAGGGCUGUGUGGACGGGUGGAGCUACAGCAGAGACGUGUACCAGUCCACCAUCGUCUCGGAGUUCGACCUGGUGUGCAGUGAGCAGUGGAAGCUGACGUUCAUCUCCACCGUGUUCUUCGUUGGAGUUCUUCUUGGAUCCUUCUUCUCAGGACAGCUGUCCGACAGAUUUGGAAGGAAACCCGUUCUUUUUCUAACCAUGGGAGUCCAGAUGGUCUUUACCUUCAUUCAGGUCUUCUCUACUUCCUGGAUCAUGUUCACGGUCCUCCUCUUCAUCAACGGUUUGGGACAGAUCUCCAACUUUGUCGCUGCCUUAGUGCUCGGCACGGAGAUCUUGACUGGCCACGUGCGCGUGCUUUACUCCUCUAUGGGCGCGUGUCUGAGCUUCACGCUGGGCUACAUGAUGCUGCCCGGCUGCGCCUACCUUCUGAGGGACUGGACCUCGCUCCUGUUGGCUCUGUCGCUGCCCUGCCUGGCCUACCUCCCCCUCUGGUGGUUCAUCCCAGAGUCUCCUCGUUGGUUGCUCUCUCAGGGAAGAGUGGAGGAGGCCGAGAGCAUCGUGAGAAAGGCUGCUAAAUGGAACAAGGUUCAGGCUCCACUGGUCAUCUUUCAGGAUUACACUGUUAAUAAUAAGACGGACCUGAAAGAAAACCCCAACGCCUUCGACCUGCUGAGGACCAGCAGCAUCAGAAUCACAACUCUCCUCCUCUGCCUGGUCACGUUUGCCACGUGUACCGGCUACUACGGCCUGUCUUUCAACACGUCGCAGCUCCACGCCGACCCGUACAUGAGCUGCUUCAUCUCUGCAGCCGUGGAGGUGCCGGCGUACAUUUCCGGCUGGCUGGUUCUGCGAUACUUUCCACGACGGCGGUCCAUCUGCUGCUCGUUGCUCCUUCAAGCAGUGUCACUGUUUCUCAUUCAGCUGGUGCCUCAAACUCUACCAUAUCUGUCCAUUGCACUGGAGAUGUUGGCUAAAUAUUUCGUCACCAUCACUUUCUCCAUGAUGUUCGCCUACAUUGCAGAGCUCUACCCGACGUUGCUCAGGAACACAGCGGUGGGGGUAUGCUCCACUGUUGGCAGACUGGGAAACUGCAUCGCACCUUUUUUGAUAACUCUCAACACCUAUGUAUUACACCUUCCUUAUAUUAUAAUAGGGACUCUGGGUUGUGUGGCUGCCUUGGCUGCUCUCUACAUUCCAGAGAGUUUCGGACAACCUCUCCCUGAAACAAUACAGCAGAUGCACAAGAGAGAAAGGAUGAAGUGUCCAUGCAUCACUGGAAAAGAAACCCCCAUCCCUGUAGUAUUCCUGGACAGCACUGUGAUCAUCUAGCACUUUACUGAUAGUCGGUGAUAUGUUGAUAUUAAAUAUCCUUACUUUACUACUUCUUACAUUUCUUAUAUUUGAAUAAUCUUCACGUUUUUUUAGGUUUAGUCAAAUGUGUUUCAUUUUUUUAUAUAUUUUGAAACAGCACUGUGUUUUAA